AUGUCCACCAUAUUCUUCCAGAGCAAUUCUCACCAAGCCCCUCAACCAACGACACUUGCCCCGCCUACUCCACUUCCUCCUCCCCCAUCUACCCAACCGAAAAACCAAGACGACGCGCCGAAGGCACCCCAGCAGAAUCCUCCGAAAUCCGGAGAAGACGUCAAGGAGGAAAAGAAAGCAGAAUCCACCCCACCAAAACAUUCAACACCUCAAAAGAAAAAGUCGUCGAUAAUAGGAAUUUUCAGUAAAAAGAAGAAGGCGGAGACAAGUAGCAAGGAAUCGAUCAAAAAGUCAAAAGAAAGCACGAAAAAAGACAAAACCGAAAAAAGCGAGAAUGAUAGUGAGAGUUUUUUGAAGAAUCUGAAGAAGAAGAAGCAGGAACAAGUUGAAGAGAACCCGAUAACUGAUUUGGCAUCUGAUGAUGAAGACGAGCAGAGGAAAAAGAAGGAGAAAAAGAAGAAGGAGAAGGUGAAGACGGCGAAAGGAUCUAAUGAGAAGGGAGAGAAGUCACAGCAUGCUUAUUGA